CAUACAAAACCGUCACCCUCAUCUUACAUAAGAAGGAUCGGGUUACCCACAAAUCUGCCACUCUCCUAUUAGAAACAAACGAGAAAUGAGAGAAGAGGGAAAGGAGAAAGAGCUUGAGGAAAUUAUAGGAUAUGUGUGAAUCGGUAAGAUGGGCCAGAAAAGUAACGAUGAACCAGUUCUAGAUCGAUCUCUUACCGUUUUCUCACAGUCCCAUGAUUUCCUUUGGUUCCUCCUUUUCCCUCCUUUUCUAACUCUGCGUUUUCUUCAUCCGGUUAACUGAAACUACCGUUUUGGUUGCAGCUAGCUGUAACAGCACUUGCUCUGGAUCUGAGUUUAGCAAUUACUUGUUGUCCAUGGAGAAAACUAUCGAGGUUUGUUACUACACUGCCUGGAAUCAUAUGGAUCGGUACAGUUGUCCGGACAUCAAACCAGUAGCUAGGCUGUUCAAGGCCUUUGUUCUUGAUGCCGACAACCUCAUCCCUAAGAUUGCUCCCCAAGCAGUUAAGAGUGCCGAGAUUCUUGAAGGUGAUGGAGGAGUUGGAACCAUCAAGAAGAUCAACCUCGGUGAAGGAAGUGAAUACAGCUAUGUGAGGCAUCAGAUUGACGGAAUUGACAAAGAUAACUUUGUGUAUAAGUACAGCAUGAUCGAAGGAGAUGCUAUCUCAGACAAAAUUGAGAAGAUCUCCUACGAGACUAAGUUGGUGGCAUCUUCCGAUGGAGGCUCCGUCAUCAAGAGCACCAGCAACUACCACACCAAGGGUGACGUCGAGAUCAAGGAAGAGCAUGUAAAGGCUGGCAAAGAAAGGGCUGCUGGUUUGUUCAAGAUUAUUGAGAGCCACCUUUUGACCAAUCCUGAUGCCUACAACUAAAACAAUCAACUGCCCUCUUUUCUCUGUUAAUUCAACGUGGUGCAUGUAAAACAA